GAAAACAUUUAACGCAAAUCUAGUCAACCCAAAUAUGGGCCUUUCUACUAGAGUGAGAGAGGCUACUCCACAAAACACUUGUUUCAGAUCAAGCCAAUUAAACAAUAUUGAAGAAGCAGUCGCUGUAUGUGAUAGUUUGUUGGCUGACGCAGAAACAUCCAAUGAUGAAAUUACAUUCCCGUCGCCUGAUACAAGACUAGUCAAUGCAGAACAAAGUUCCUGUUUUCCAACGACUACCUUUCAUCCUAACGGUCUUUCGAUUAGGAUACCUUUUCCUGUCGAAGGUGACUUAGCUAUGAUCGAAUGUGCUGGGAAUCGUCACAAUGAAAAGUUUCCGGCAAUGGUUAGAUCAACUGGAAGCCGAAAAGAAAAGAAGCGCACAGAAUGCAUAAACAACGCUUUCUCAGAAUUGAGAAAACGUAUUCCAAACGUUCCUAUGGAUACGAAGUUGUCAAAAAUAAAAACGCUGCGACUAGCAACGUCGUACAUUGCUUACUUGACAGAUAUUCUUCAAAAUGCUGAUCCCAGCAAUCCUAAAGAUGGCAGGGAUUUUCGUGCGGAUCUGAAAGCUCUGAGAACACGAGAAAGAAGACGGCAUCUCUGCCAGACUGAUGUUAGCGGAAAACAUGCCGUUGUCAACGGGCAGUUAAAUUUAACAAUGGAUGAGGAAACGCCAAAUAAUGCGGAGAAAUUGAAUUUGCAAGGUGGUAAAAAGAGAAAGGGUAGAACGGGAUGGCCAGAAGCCGUGUGGGCAAUGGAACUAGGAAAUAACGUUACGCAGAGUGUUGAUAGUUUUACCUCCAACAGUGAAAUUGACACCCACACUUCAACAGAAAUUGUUCCUACCCGGAGUAUUACACAAAAUGUUCCAUUUUCACGCCUAGUUGAGGACACCGACUACAGUGAAGAAACAUUUCAAAAUAUACCGCAAAGAUUCUAUGUAUUUAACGGCGCUCAAAAUUACGCCCCUGUUCAAUCGUACACUUCAGAUAUCUCGAACGUAGGAACCGCUCAGACCAUACAUUCGAUUGGCGUUGUUACUGGUAAUGGAUACGGUCAAAAAGAUGAUUAUGUGUCUCCGUUUUCAUAUCCGGCAAUAACAUUACCAGCUGCUUCAUCGUUUUCAAGACGUUUGCCUCCAAUACCACGGCUGCGGCACGAAGAAGAACGCGGGGUUGAAAUUCAGAAAAUAUCAGAAGGGCUUACUAGUACUGAUUUUGAUGUCAUCAGAAGCGAGUUUACAGAUCUAGAAAAAGGGGACCAUUGCUCUCAUUCGACUCCCAGAUUCGCAGAACUGAAGACCGUUUCUGUUGCAAGUAUAAAAAUAUCAACUUCAGCUAUUAGUGGAUACGGCACGUUCACCAGUACUGAUUGUGCCGAUUCCAACCUGCAAUGCAUGGAAGCAACACCAGUUUUUGGAUGCCUAUCUUCUGAAUGAGUAUACUCUGGAGAGUUUUAUGUUUAUUUAUCUUGUUCGCUUACAGAAAUAAACAGACAAAUAAAUUAUAAGAUUUGUACAUUGAGACACUAUUAUAUUACCUAUUUUAUUUUUCUGACAAUCUUUUCUUGAAAUCGGUUGUAAAUGCUGUAUAUCAAAGAUUGCCCAGCAUAAUGUUUUACAAAAUUUUGCAUCCCGUGUGACUCUCAGUGUAAAGGUGUUCGUCUGCACCCUCGCCUCGAAAUAUAAUUCUUUUUAUGGUAUAAUGAUGAACUACAAUUAAUAUGUACAAAUUAGUGCAUGAUAAUACAGAUUGCAGGGUUGCUGUCUGUUCAAUCAGUAGAUGUUCAUGAUAAAAAUUUCUGUUCUCCGAAAGAGUUUUGGAAUGAGACAUCUAAAAUGACGCCAAACUGUUGGCAUUCGCUUUCAGUAAAUUUGGCAAUAUUUUAUAACAUAAAUUAAAUAGUAAUACAUUUGGAAUAGAAACACGAGCAGAACAAUGAUUGGUAUUAUUCAUCUUAUUUUACUGGUACAAAAUCGGAAUUCUAUACCGAGAAUUCAUAUUUUUGUAUGGCCCCUGGUCCGAAAACCUUCCACCCCCCCCUGCUAUAAAAUCUUGUCGUUCAAUGCGCAAAUAACAUUGCUUCUUAUUUUGUGAAAGAACUUAGAGUUCAUGAAUGUUUGUAUCAAGAAAUUUGUGAAACAAAAUGGCGUUUUAUAUUGAGCUCGUAAAUAAAAUUUUAUCGGCGAUAACAGAAAUAGACGCUAACAAUUUGCGAUUUCCUUUGUAGAACAGUUUUGUUAAGCUUUAAAAAAAAUGGGCGAAAUUCAUAAGAUUUGCU